UUAACGGUUGUGAAAAUUUUGAAUUUUUUUUCUCUAAAGUUAAAAAAUACAAAGAAUUAAUUAAAAAAGUGAUUUGGAGUGUUUAAUUAACAAAAAGGAUGUCAUCAAAGAUUCAACAGGCUCAAGAGCAUAUUGCACAAGCUGAAAAAUACUUAAAAACAUCACUUCUUAAAUGGCGACCUGAUUAUGAUAGUGCUGCUGAUGAAUACAAUAAGGCAGCUAUGGCAUAUAGAAACGCAAAACAGCUUAGUGAAUGCAAAGAUUGCCUGUUGAAGUGUGCUGAAUGUAACAAACAGAAUCGCCAAUUAUUCCAUUCUGCAAAGGCUCUAGAUCAAGCAAUGCUCGUUUGUAAGGACUUGAAUGAUUUCAAUUCAAUUAGAAAUCUCGCAGAAAGAGCCUGUCAUUUGUAUCAACAGCAUGGAUCUCCACAAUCAGGUGCUGCAACUCUUGAUAAGGCUGCUAAAAUUUUGGAACCAAAUUAUCCACAAGAGUCACUUGCUUUAUAUCAACACGCACUCGAUGUUUCAAUGAUUGAAGAUUCUAGUCGUCAAGCUACGGAAUAUGCCACUAAAGUUGCUCGUAUUCUCGUAAAAUUAAAUAUGUUUGAUCAGGCAGCUGACGCAAUUCGUCGAGAAAUCGGUUUACAUCAAACAAGUGAGGCUUAUGGAGCAAUCGGACGAUUAGCUGUUGCUCUUGUACUCGUACAACUUGCUCGUGAAGAUUAUGUAGCUGCUGAAAAAGCAUUUAAAGAAUGGGGAAAUUGUUGCGAUCCACAAGAAGUUCAGACAUUAGAAUCUUUAUUGCAAGCUUAUGAUGAUGAAGAUCCAGAGCUUGCUUUAAGAGCACUAUCAAGUCCGUUCAUUAAGCACAUGGAUAUUGAGUAUGCAAAAUUAGCCAGAGAUUUAAAACUACCAAAGGGAUUGCAAGCACCAAAAGCAGCCGUUAUUGAAAACGCAACAGCAUCUUAUGUAUCACCUUCGACUGGCGGUGAAUCUUCAACUAUAUCUCAAACGCCAGCUGAAGAUGACGAUGAUGAAGGUGGAUUGUGCUAAGUUUGUAAAUUAUUUACAACUACUAUUUUAUUAAAACGUGAUGCAAUUACAUU